CCCCGGCUAGAGGCGCCGCCGCCGCCGGCCCGCGGAGCCCCGAUGCUGGCCCGGAGGAAGCCGGUGCUGCCGGCGCUCACCAUCAACCCCACCAUCGCCGAGGGCCCGUCCCCCACCAGCGAGGGCGCCUCCGAGGCAAACCUAGUGGACCUGCAGAAGAAGCUGGAGGAACUGGAACUAGAUGAGCAGCAGAAAAAGCGUCUCGAGGCUUUCCUUACCCAGAAGGCCAAAGUCGGCGAGCUCAAGGAUGAUGACUUUGAAAGAAUCUCAGAACUGGGAGCUGGCAAUGGCGGGGUGGUCACCAAGGUCCAACACAGACCAUCAGGUCUUAUCAUGGCCAGGAAGCUGAUCCACCUGGAGAUCAAGCCAGCUAUCCGGAACCAGAUCAUCCGCGAGCUGCAGGUGCUGCACGAGUGCAACUCCCCGUACAUCGUGGGCUUUUAUGGCGCCUUCUACAGCGACGGGGAGAUCAGCAUCUGCAUGGAGCACAUGGAUGGCGGCUCCUUGGACCAGGUGCUGAAAGAAGCCAAGCGGAUUCCAGAGGAGAUCCUGGGGAAGGUCAGCAUCGCGGUGCUCCGGGGCCUGGCCUACCUGCGGGAGAAGCACCAGAUCAUGCACCGAGACGUGAAGCCUUCCAACAUCCUCGUCAACUCCCGAGGGGAGAUCAAGCUGUGUGACUUCGGGGUGAGCGGGCAGCUCAUUGACUCCAUGGCCAACUCGUUCGUGGGCACCCGGUCCUACAUGUCUCCAGAACGGCUGCAGGGCACCCACUACUCCGUGCAGUCGGACAUCUGGAGCAUGGGCCUGUCCCUGGUGGAGCUAUCCAUCGGGAGGUACCCCAUUCCCCCGCCGGACGCCAAGGAGCUGGAGGCCAUCUUUGGCCGGCCCGUGACGGACGGGGCGGAAGGAGAGCCCCACAGCAUCUCACCACGGCCCAGACCCCCUGGACGCCCCGUCAGCGGUCACGGGAUGGACAGCCGGCCCACCAUGGCCAUCUUUGAGCUGCUGGACUACAUCGUGAACGAGCCGCCUCCUAAGCUGCCCAGUGGGGUGUUCAGCCCAGACUUCCAGGAGUUUGUAAAUAAAUGCCUCAUUAAGAACCCAGCAGAACGAGCGGAUCUGAAGAUGCUCAUGAACCACUCGUUCAUCAAGCGGGCCGAGGUGGAAGAAGUGGACUUUGCGGGCUGGCUGUGCCGAACCCUGCGGCUGAAGCAGCCCAGCACGCCCACGCGCACGGCCGUGUGACAGCCGCGUGGCGCGCGUGGCCCUGUCCCCCGUCACCCGCUGGCCUCUGGGGAAGGUGCCGUGGCCCGCCCUGUUGUCAGCUGGGAGCCUGCUCCCUUAGGUUUCAACAAAAUAAAAUGGAGACAAAAAAGCA